AUGGCCAGGCUCUCCGGUCUCCAGAGGGACGUUCUGUCUCUAUACCGAAAAUGCCUACGAGAGAUCCGAAAUAAGCCGGAGGUGGGUUAUGUCACUUCAUCCGACAACUAUGCUCGAUAUCGGUGCAAUCCGGCUAAGACGGUAUACAGGGCAGAGUUCCAAAAACAUAUCUCGGUGAAUAAGAAAGACUUUAGCACAAUUGAGUAUCUCUUGCGCAAAGGAAAUCGACAGCUCGAGCUGUAUGCUACCCCGGGAAUCCGCAAUAUCCGAUGA